GAGAAGGCUCGUCUGGCGACAGACUUGGAGCUGGAUCAGGACCUCAGUGAGCGGCUGGGACUGGGGAGCAGUGACACCCUCACCAACGGUAACCGUGCUGACGGGGAGGCCGCCAAGCGCCUGGCCAAGCGCCUCUUCACCCUGGACGGCUUCAGGAAGUCCGCCGUGGCCCGCCACCUCAGCAAGAAGUGAGCACCUGGCAUCUAGCCUUUUCGUGUUAUUAAUCCCUCUCUUUACUAUGUGCUGCUAUACGUUGUCUAUGCUAUAUAUAGCGCAUAUACUGCUGAUGACAACAAAUCGUAUGGAUGUGGUGUCGUGACUUGACUUUUGACAUUAAUCUGAAGACUGUUUUAUCUAAUUAACUAACUAUGUUUAAUUGUUACCCGAUUAUAUGAAUCAUGUAACAAUUAACUCAUUAGGAUCUGGGGCACCACGAGAUAAGUUCUUUAAAGAGUUACCACCUCCCGAAUUAAACUCUAAAAGGUCUUUACAUCUAUAAACAGUCAACUUUUUGAUCAUAACCUCGUAUCAUAUCAUUAUUCUGAACAGUCGUAACCUCCUUGCAUUUGCAAAAACCAGAGCCUUACUUAUGAUUCAGUACUACACAAAUUGGUUUAAUUAUUUAUUUACUAGCUAAUUAAAUGGGAACACAGGAUAAACAUACACACUCUGCACCGGUUAUUGACUGGAGAAAUCAGGUCCCUAGCGGAAUGACAACAACAUGGCUGCUUGUUAAAGAGAUGGAGUGGGAGAGAGAGAGGGACAGAGACACUUAACUUUGAUACAUUCAGAAACUACGCUCACCUACAGUACCCAUAUACUUUGCACACAAACCCCCGCCCGCUUUGAGUAAGAAAUCAUUAAUGUAUUUACGUGAAAUGCCUUGGUUCGCCGGGAAUCUCUCUGUGAACCGGACCGCCUCGGAAGGGGGGUGGGCCUUUUCACGGCACGCUUGUAAGUCUCUUAUUGUCCGAAAUGGUUCCAACAGUCUUCUAUUGUUGUCUUUCUUCGUAGUUGUCCGGUCUCCGAUCAUUUGUCAUGUAGUCCUGAACAGAACUACAGAAUAGAUUUUCCUUCCAUUCGCUCUUGAAGUUACUUCUUUGAAGGUAGGCUAGCCAGCCGUAUUGAUGGUUUCCCAGUGGGGUGAUGAGAGUAGCGUAAUACGAUGGUUUGAGCAGAGUAGCAGAUGGUCCUACUUAAAUUCACUUUCGAAGAUACCUUACUUAGGACAGCUUAUCAGCCGUACUAGUGAUUGUCCGGGAGGUGAGUUUAUUUUCUUCACCUCGUGUUGAGAUUCAAAGUUCCAACCAUUUUAAACGUGUAGCUGCCGCCUCACACUUUUCUGUUCUAAUGUGUUAAUUCGUAACCCAUCAUUUAUACAUUCUGUAAGAAAGGGGCGGUUCUGGCAGUCUGGCACGCUUUCUGACCUCACUUUGGGGCGCCAAUUACUCACGGUUCAAAGUUAUGAAAAACAAUUAUCUCUUAUAACUUCUCAAAUCACAUCCCUCUCUUAACAAAAACCCUUUCAUCACUGUUCAUAUUACAUGCAGAACGCAUAGUAUGGCAAGGUCAAAUAUGUAGUGGGUAUACUGUCCAGGUUACUGUAUUUCCUUUAUAACAUUUUUGAUGGCAUCACAAAAUAACAAACAAAAUAACAUUAGUGUUCUAUAGACCGCCUCUGACCAUUCCCCAAUUUCUAAGCUCGAAAUAUUGUUCCAGUAUUCGUUUUGAACGUGUUGGAGUUUCAGCUGGAAAAGGCCUGUUGAAACAAAGACAUUCCUUUGGUGAAUCUUGGAGAGGGAGAGAGAGAUCUUCUUCCCUUAAUUUACAACAGGGUGUGAGUUGUUAACCCCCCCUAGUUCUUUCCUUUUUUUUUUUUUCACCUUUAUUUAACCAGGUAAGCCAGUUGGGAACAAGUUCUCAUUUACAACUGCGACCUGGCCAAGAUAAAGCAAAGCAGUGCAAUAAAAACAACACAGAGUUACAUAUGGGGUAAACAAAACAUAAAGUCAAAAAUACAAACAGAAAAUAUAUAUACAGUGUGUACGAAUGUAGUAAGUUAUGGAGGUAAGGCAAUAAAUAGGCCAUAGUGCAAAAUAGUUACAAUUUCGUAUUAACACUGGAAUGAUAGAUGUGCAAAAGAUGAUGUGCAAAUAGAGAUACUGGGGUGCAAAUGAGCAAAAUAAAUAACAAUAUGGGGAUGAGGUAGUUGGGUGGGCUAAUUUCAGAAUGGCUGUGUACAGGUGCAGUGAUCGGUAAGCUGCUCUGACAACUGAUGCUUAAAGUUAGUGAGGGAGAUAAGAGUCUCCAGCUUCAGAGAGUUUUGCAGUUUGUUCCAGUCAUUGGCAGCAGAGAACUGGAAGGAAUGGCGGCCAAUGGAGGUGUUGGCUUUGGGGAUGACCAGUGAGAUAUACCUGCUGGAGCGCAGACUACGGGUGGAUGUUGCUAUGGUGACCAGUGAGCUAAGGUAAGAUGGGGAUUUGCCUAGCAGUGAUUUAUAAAUGACCUGGACCAGUGGGUUUGGCGACGAAUAUGUAGUGAGGACCAGCCAACAAGAGCAUACAGGUCACAGUGGUGGGUAGUAUAUGGAGCUUUGGUGACAAAACGGAUGGCACUGUGAUAGACUACAUUCAAUUUGCUGAGUAGAGUGUUGGAGGCUAUUUUGUAAAUGACAUCGCCGAAGUCAAGGAUCGGUAGGAUAGUCAGUUUUACGAGAGUAUGUUUGGCAGCAUGAGUGAAGGAGGCUUUGUUGCAAAAUAGGAAGCCGAUUCUAGAUCUAACUUUUGAUUGGAGAUGCUUAAUGUGAGUCUGGAAGGAGAGUUUACAGUCUAACCAGACACCUAGGUAUUUGUAGUUGUCCACAUACUCUAGGUCAGACCCGCCGAGAGUAGUGAUUCUAGUCGGGUGGGCGGGUGCAAGCAGCGUUCGGUUGAAGAGCAUGCAUUUAGUUUUACUAGUGUUUAAGAGCAGUUGGAGGCUACGGAAGGAGUGUUGUAUGGCGUUGAAGCUUGUUUGGAGGUUUGUUAACACAGUGUCCAAUAAAGGGCCAGAUGUAUACAAAAUGGUGUCGUCCACAUAGAGGUGGAUCCGAGCUUCACCAGCAGCAAGAGCAACAUCAUUGAUAUACACAGAGAAUAGAGUCGGCCCGAGAAUUGAACCCUGUGGCACCCCCAUAGAGAUGGCCAGAGGUCCAGACAACAGGCCCUCCGAUUUGACACAUUGAACUCUAUCUGAGAAGUAGUUGGUGAACCAGGUGAGGCAGUCAUUAGAGAAACCAAGGCUAUUUAGUCUGCCAAUAAGAAUGUGGUGGUUGACAGAGUCGAAAGCCUUGGCCAGGUCGAUGAAGACGGCUGCGCAGUACUGUCUUUUAUCGAUCGCGGUUAUAAUAUCGUUUAGGACCUUGAGCGUUGCUGAGGUGCACCCAUGACCAGCUCGGAAACCGGAUUGCAUAGCGGAGAAGGUACGGUGGGAUUCGAAAUGGUCGGUGAUCUGUUUGUUAACUUGGCUUUCAAAUACUUUCGAAAGGCAGGGCAGGAUGGAUAUAGGUCUGUAACAGUUUGGAUCUAGAGUGUCACCCCCUUUGAAGAGGGGGAUGACCGCGGCAGCUUUCCAAUCUCUGGGGAUCUCAGACGUUACGAAAGAGAGGUUGAACAGGCUAGAAAUAGGGGUUGCGACAAUUUCGGCGGCUAAUUUUAGAAAGAAAGGGUCCAGAUUGUGUAGCCCAGCAGAUUUGUAGGGGUCCAGAUUUUUCAGCUCUUUCAGAACAUCAGCUGUCUGAAUUUGUGUGAAGGAGAAGCGGGGGGCGGCAUGGGCAAGUUGCAGCGGAGGGUGCAGAGCUGGUGGCCGGGGUAGUGGUAGCCAGGUGGAAAAUGCUUGUUUGCAUGGCCAGCCGUAUAUCGCGGGGGCUGUUCGAUGCUAAUGCAGUACGCCACAGGAUGUUUUUGUGCUGGUCAAGGGCAGUCAAGUCUGAGGAGAACCAGGGGCUUUAUCUGUUCUUAGUGCUGAAUUUUUUGAAUGGGGCAUGCUUAUUUAAGAUUGAGAGGAAAGCACUUUUAAAGAACAACCAGGCAUCCUCUACUGACGGAAUGAGGUCAAUAUCCAUCCAGGAUACCCGGGCCAGGUCAAUUAGAAAGGCCUGCUCGCUAAAGUGUUUUAGGGAGCGUUUGACAGUGAUGAGGGGUGGUCGUUUGACCGCGGACCCUUACAGACGCAGGCAAUAAGGCAGUGAUUGCUGAGAUCCUGGUUGAAGACAGCGGAGGUGUAUUUAGAGGGUACAUUUGUCAGGAUGAUAUCUAUGAGGGUGCCCAUGUUUACAGAUUUAGGGUUGUACCUGGUAGGUUCGUUGAUAAUUUGUAUGAGAUUGAGGGCAUUUAGUUUAGAUUGUAGGUUGGCCAGGGUGUUAAGCAUAUCCCAGUUUAGGUCACCAAGCAGUACGAACUCUGAGGAUAGAUGGGGGGCAAUCAGUUCACAUAUGGUGUCCAGGGCACAGCUGGGGGCUGAGGGGGGUCUGUAGCAAGCGGCAACAGUGAGAGAUUUAUUUCUGGAAAUGUGGAUUUUUAGAAGUAGAAGCUCAAACUGUUUGGGCACAGACCUGGAUAGUACGAUAGAGCUCUCUGCAGUAGAUUGCAACCCCACCCCCUUUGGCAGUUCUAUCGAGACGGAAAAUGUUGUAGUUGGGGAUGGACAUUUCUGAAUUUUUGGUGGCCUUCCUAAGCCAGGAUUCAGACACUGCUAGGACAUCAGAGUUGGCGGAGUGUGCUAACACAGUGAAUAACUCCAACUUAGGGAGGAGGCUUCGGAUGUUAACGUGCAAGAAACCAAUGCUUUUACGGUUACAGAAGUUAACAAAUGAUAACGCCUGGGGAGUAGGAGUGAUACUGGGGGCUACAGUGCCUGGGUUAACCUCUACAUCACCAGAGGAACAGAGGAGGAGUAUAAUAAGGAUACUGCUAAAGGCUUUAAGAACUGGUCUUCUAGUGCGUUGGGUACAGAGAAAAAAAGGGCCAGGUUUCGGGGCGUUGUACGGGUGAUUGAAGUUAUUCAUUGCAAACCUGAUCUGAUCUAUUUGGAUUCUCGUGGACAGUCAUGACAGUGGAUAACAUUUACAAAAUCUCGCUGUCUCUCUCUCUCUGCUAUACUAACUCUAGUCUGGACCUUGUCUGACCCCUCGGUCUUCCUACACGACUGUGCUCUUGGAUUGUUUGACUGUCUGUCUCUCCGUCUGUCUGUACCUUCAUCCGUCUGUCCAUCUGGUGAAAAGGAAUUUAGGAUGAGAAGAGCUUCUUCCUGUCUGACAGAUCCACCCUGGGAAAAACAGUUUCAAACUGAGUGUUAUUAUAGGGGAAUUAGUCCAAAGAUGUCACGUUCGGCGCAUCUUAAACUCUCACAAUUAUCAUUCCCAAUGAAAAGCUGUCUGUCUGUGUGUUUAUCUGUCUGUCCUUCUGUCUAUCUGCACGUCCAUAUUCAUGGACAUCUGUCUGUCUGUCUGAUGAAAAGGAAUUUAGGAUGAAAAGAGCUUCCUCCUCUCUGACAGAUGCACCCUGGGAAUCACAGUUUUUGGCCCUAAGUCUUUGUCUCAAGGUCUCAAACCAACUGGCAGUGACUGACAGGCUGAAUGGCCUUGUGUGUUUGAGCUGGGAAAGCCAGCAUCUGAUUAACAUGUUGCUCUCUCUCUCUCUCUUUCUCCUUCUCCCUCUCUCUCUCUCUCUUCCUCUCUCUCUCUUUUUCUCUCUUUCUCUCUCUAUCCCCAGCAAUGACUUUAGUCGUAAGGUUGCAGAGGAGUAUCUACACUUCUUUAACUUCACAGGUCUUACUGUGGACCAGGCUCUGAGGUGAGGGGUUCAGACUGACUGACUUGUUCAACUAAAAAACAAACACACGUUUUAGUUUUUCCAUAAAUUGGUUCUUGACACCAAUGACUGGAUUUCUAGACAUUACGAACAUUGUUUUGGACAUGUUGCCUUAAAUGGGAAUACUGCCCUCUGGUGGCAGGCUGAGGGAAGGUAGCCUAAUAUGCAACAGUAGUGUUUCUAACCCAGAAAUAACACUCCUGAUUCAAUUAAUCAAGGGCUUGGUGAUUAAUUAAGUCGUUGAAUGACAUGGGCAGGUGCGUAAUGAGGUGCGUUACCGCUGGGCUGGAACCAACAUUUGCCACCCUUUAGGAUACUGGAAACACUGUGCUUCUGCUCAAUGUGUGUAUCUGUGUGUUCCAGAGCCUUCCUCAAACAGUUUGCCCUGAUGGGGGAGACUCAGGAGAGGGAGCGGGUGCUGUCUCACUUCUCCAGGAGAUACCUGCACUGUAACCCCAAACUCAUACCCUCUGAGGGUAAGAGGACGGCACUGUCUAAUGUCUACUAUAGCUACUAUAGGAGUAUCACAGCUCAGUCGUCAUGUUAAUAGAUUGAUAUGUUUCCUCCUUAUCCAGAUGGUGUCCAUACCUUGACCUGUGCCCUGAUGCUGCUAAACACAGACCUGCAUGGCCAUGUAAGUAGAGUUAUCUGUGUGUGUGUGUCUGUGUGUCUGUGUGUGUGUGAGAGAGAGUAUGUGUGUGUGUUAGGGGAUACACAUUUCAUUGAGUUCAGCGUAGAGUUCAGAGUAGAGAAAUUUUUCAGAGAUCCAUUCUCCCCCAGGCUCCACUGACUCAGUAUAGCGGUAGCUUUGGGAAAUAAGCCCCAGACUUAUCGAAAGCUGAUCUGGGACCAGCCUCCUGAUUACAAUGUGCUCUACACUCUAUCAUAAAAUCCAGUCCAUAUCAAACUGUAGACUGAUUCCAGUAUAACUCUAAAAUCUAGGCCAUCUAUUGCUGCAUGCAUGGUGUGAUGUGCAGCCUCUGCAGAUGACUACAGGUAGUUUAGUCAAAACCAUUUAUAUAAUAUAUGGAAAUAUUCAGCUCUGGUUGAAGGGGCUAGAGCUGGCUGGAUGAGAAACCCACUCUCUCAGGGGAAGGGGGGAUUGAUAGAUGCCUGGCAGGUAUAACUCUGUGCUUCAUCAUCAUAAUCACCAUCAUCAUCAUCAUCAUUCAUCAUCGUCACCAAUGUCAUCAUCUUCUUCUUCAAAAUCAUCAUCGUCAUCAAUGGCGUCAUCCUGAUCAUCAUCAUCAUCAUCAAAAAAAUAAAUAAAAAAAUUAAUAGUCCCCGCAUCUUCUUCAUCUUUGUCUUCACUCACUAUCGCUUUUCAUCAAUAUUUUCAGCAUGCAAUAGUAGCAGAUUGGGAUCUGUGAAACUCACUCCUCAGUCUGAAGUGUUCCCCUUGCGCUGCCGAAUAGCUAGCUUUUCGGUGGUGCGACUGAGUAAGACGCUUCAGGAGGGCGGUCAUGUUUGUUUGCGAGGCAGAGGUCAUGCGUUCGAGCCUCAGUGUGAGCCCAAUCAGGAGAAAGCGGUACUCGCUAAGCAAGCAGUGUGACGUCCUUUAAAUAAUCUCCCUCUGAACACUCAGCUCAUCAGCUAGAUUAAAUCAAUUGGAUGAGGUCCCUGAAAGUCAUUUCUCCCCAUAACAUCCUUCAGAGAUGAAUUCUAAUAUAGCAGUUUGUCAGAGAGCUGCAGAAGGACAGAUGAAUUAGACAAUCUGUGCCUCGAAUAUUUUAGAUGACUGAUGUUGGUGAGGCUUUUAAAGAUUAUAUUUAUUUAUAGCAUAGUAGUCUCGGAAAUCCCAGAGAUAGGGUAACAGCACUAGGUCUAACAAAUCACAAGUUUGGCUAGGAGGGGCUUAAAAAUAAUCCCCUCGGAAACAUGACAGAGGCGGACACACAAUGCAGACGCAGAUAGCUAGGCAGAUUUUAGCCACAGCCAUUCAGUAUGUUUUAGGCUUGUAAAGCUAAUGUCAUGGCGCAUGCAAACUACUCACUUGCGAAAUACACUCAUUGAAAAUAUCUAGCUAGCUAGCUACCGGAAAUGUAUAUGGCAGGGCUCUGGACGGAUUUUCUGGCACCCAACUCCGCCCUUUCCUCUCUGCCAAACUGACGUUGGUUUGAGGACAGACAUGUAUGCUGGAACUUUGGCACAUUGUGGGAGGCAACCCGUCUGUCUAGAGCAGGGAUGGACAACUGGUGGUAUUCUACUAUGAGAGUUAGAAUAGUAGAAUACACAAGGUGCAAUUUCUAAAUUUGGUUGUGCAUCUAGAGAGACUAAUAGCAUAGAGUAAAUUCUGUGUGUCAUAUUUUUCAGAACAUUGGCAAAAGGAUGUCCUGCACACAGUUCAUUGACAACCUGGAGGGUCUGAAUGAGGGACAAGACUUUCCCAAAGACCUGCUGAAG